AUGCCCAAAAAAGGUAAAUCCGAUACAGUAAAAAGCAAAAGUGCAGGUUCAGGCGCAGAAGCUGCAAUGAGCAACAAAGCAACGCCCGAUGCAGCUGGAAAUUCCAGAAAAGGCUUAUCAGCAGCAAGUGUGGAGGAGAAAUCAAGAAGAAGUUCGUCAAUGCGUCGAAUCGAGGAAAGAGUCAAACGUGUGCGAGAAGAAUUUGGACUCCAUGACAACAACCUUGGUGAUAUCGCAACGAGAGGCCCCAGAGGCACAUUGCGCGUGGUAAACCCGGAUCCCCCGUCUAAUCCAAGUGAAAAUGGAGAUACAAGUAAUAGUGUGGGCCAGGGAUAUGAUAAUGAACCUGACAAUGCAUCAGCGCAGUCAUCUUCAAGCGGAAGGGAAUAUAUUUAUGGAGCGUUGUUAGCCUUAAGCAGCCAGGCGCCGCAAGGAAACGAGAUGUUUUCGAUCCAGCAUCCAAAUACUGAGCUACAAGCACCAGGAAUUCCAGAAAAGACUUCAGUCAAAGAGGAACGAAGCCUUUCCCCAUUGCAAGACACUCCAGGCACGAAUCCAAAUCGGUAUAGAGACAUCUUUCCUCAGGUACCAGGGGACUCUCAAAGGCAUCAUGUUCGGUAUCAGUAUCGCCUCUCUCCAAUGACAAGCAGCCCGGGCGUAAACCAGGCACAGUACAAAAAUGCCGCUCCACGGGUACCGAUCAGCCCUGGAAUGUACCCGGCACAGCAACAAUACUCGAGCUCGCAAGUACCGCAUGUGAUCCCUAGAGCGUCCAUAGUUCCGUACCAACACCUCGCUCAGUUAGCACCAGGUAUGAUGCAGGGGAUGUAUGCAGGACACUAUCAAUAUCCUAUUCCUCAGGCCGGGUGUAAUCCUGGAGUGUACCAAACCCAAUACCAAUAUCCCACCCCGCCAACACCGGGGCAGAUACCUGGGAUGCGCUCGUCACGAUUUCGGCAGCAAGCUUCCCCUUUGACUCGCAAUAUGCCACAGCCGUCUCGUCCUGGUCGAUAUCACGGACAUAACCAUCACAAUCCACAUACUACGCAAGCAUACAUUCCGUAUUUGCCAUAUCGCCCUCACCCGGGGGGCACCCAGCAAGCAUCGUCAUUAUAUUCGCCGCAAGGUCAUCAGUUCGUGGCUCAGGCACAUCCACCGCAACAGGGAUAUUCGUACCCGAGGCCAUGUCUUCCCCCGAUCCAGUAUCAAGGGCACCAUAAGAAUGAAUAUGAAGGAGAGCCUGAAGAAUAUGACGAGCAGUACGCACAGCUGAUGCUGGCCAGGAAGCAAAUGGUCUGGCAAUGGUUGGAGACUGUUGAGCACGAGGUGCAACGAAUUGAGCCUGAGCUGCGGUGGGUUCCUUGA